AAAAAUCUUCUUCCUGAUCCAAGAUGGCGGCCAGCAGGAGGCUGAUGAAGGAGCUUGAAGAGAUCCGCAAAUGUGGAAUGAAAAACUUCCGUAACAUCCAGGUUGAUGAAGCUAAUUUAUUGACUUGGCAAGGGCUUAUUGUUCCUGACAACCCUCCGUACGACAAGGGGGCCUUUAGAAUUGAAAUCAACUUUCCAGCAGAGUAUCCAUUCAAACCACCCAAGAUCACAUUUAAAACCAAGAUCUAUCACCCUAACAUUGAUGAGAAGGGGCAGGUCUGUCUGCCCGUAAUUAGUGCUGAAAACUGGAAGCCAGCCACCAAGACCGACCAAGUAAUCCAGUCCCUCAUAGCACUGGUGAACGACCCCCAGCCUGAGCACCCACUCCGGGCUGACCUAGCUGAAGAAUACUCUAAGGACCGUAAAAAAUUCUGUAAGAAUGCUGAAGAGUUUACAAAGAAAUAUGGGGAAAAGCGACCUGUGGACUAAAAUCUGCCACGAGUGAUUCCAGCAAGUUUGAGCAGAGCCCCGAGCAGUACUCAGAUACCCUGCAAAGCAGGACUCUGUGGAAAAUUGACACGGGCCACCACCUGGCGUCCGCUUGUGGCAGUUACUAACUUUCUACAGUUUUCUUAAUCAAAAGUGGUCUAGGUAACCUGUAAAGAAGGAUUAAAAAAUUCAGAUGUUCUAGUUCUGCUUGCUUUGUUUUAAAAAUCACUGCUUUAGUCUACUUCAAAAGAAUGGCAUUUCUUUUCUUGCCCAAAUUUACUCAAAGUUACAGUUAGCCCAGGUUUAAAAAAAAAAAAAAAAAGUCCUGCUUCCCUCUCCCCAUUGCCCUUUUCCCUUUCAAUGCCCUUCCACAGACUAAGGCCCCAGCUCCCCACAGAAGUAGCAGCGCUGGCAGCUCUUCUCCUGUGCCACACUGCCUGUGGGUGAUAGCUCAAGUCCCCCUCAUGCCACCCUAUUAAUGUCCUUUAAAAAAUUAUAAAACAAUAUCAAUGCCCCCACCCUCCCCUAAAACAGAAUGUCUGUUCAAAGGGAAGCUGCUUUUACAUAAAACCUUAGCAAGUGUUUCCACAGUAACAGACUCAAUGGGCAGACCCCACGCCCCCAACCCGUGGUCAAGCUGUGUGUUCUUUGUAGAGAACCCUGCAGUACCAGGUUUGUGGUGACCUUGGAGGGAGGGUCUGCCAGCAGAGAAUGCCGUGCACUUGUGUGAGGAUGUCUUCAGUCAGCAGUCCUCCGUGCAGCUGUGGUAGACGGCCUGCUGCUCAUCACAGGCAAAGCAAAAGCCAGGAUAGUCUGUUGAAAUCUCAAGCUUCACCACCACCAAGCUCUGCUGAGGUGUGCCAAGGAGCCCCAAUUCCUCAGCACAGCAGGCCACCACUGUCUCCCUCCACAUGGUUUGCCCUUUGUGGGGUCAGCAUUGGUGGCUUCUGCUUUGUAACCAGCUGCCCCUUCCUCAGAGCAGCUGCUGAUGCAGCCCAGGAACAGGAUGGCCUUUCCAGAGUCAAGCUCCACUGGAAGCUCACUCAGUAAUAUCCUUUCAAUAUGUUUUAUAUUGUUUUCAUUGCCUUUUUUUGUAGAAAUAAAAUUUGACCUUAGAAUUUA